AUGCGUGUUGUAAAGUCCUGGGCCAUCGCCCUAUUGGCCUGGGCACUCCUGAUAUUUGAGGUGCUUGCACAACAUGGACAUGGACAUGGCUCCCACGUUCAUCUCCAUAGGCAACACUUGAUUGACUCGAGGGGCACGGACCGAGCCCUCGAUGCUCCUCCCGAUGCCAUUGCGAAAGCCAGGGCACUUGUCAAGGACGCUAUUGCCAAAGCAGCAGUGCAUAAUAAAGCCCGCCUUGACAAUCCCUCACGCAACCAAUACAAAUUGAAACCAGGAACCAAAAUCCGGAAUCGUCGUGACCAGCCACCUGACACGCAGCCUGCCCCGCCCCUGUUCAAUGUAACCGAAGAAAUCGCUGAUGCAGCGGCGCUCCUUGCGGAGUAUGAUGCAGCGGCCGAAUUGAAUGCUACAGGGACUGUGAAGCGCGACUAUUCCCACAUUGAUGUCCUACACGGGCGUCAGCAGAAAGAAAAGCGUGCAGGAACCUGGUGGAUGGGAAAUAAAGAGCACCGUGGAUCCUGGCCGUGGGGAAAGGACAGUAGCUACCAGGUCUUUCGCGAUGUCACUGAUAGUAAAUGGGCCACGGAUGGCGCUGCUAAGUGUGAGCCUAAUGGCUUAGUGGACUGCACGAAAGCCAUCAACAACGCCAUGAAAGCCGGCAAUCGAUGUGGUGCAAAAUGUAACGGUUCUACUACAAAGCAAGCUAUUCUUUACUUUCCCCCGGGGACGUAUCUCGUUAGUGGAACCAUAGAAAUAUUCUUUGGAACUCAAAUGAUCGGAGAUGCAACCAAUUGGCCGGUCAUCAAAGCUGCUGCCAGUUUCGUAGGUCUUGGAGUCUUCUCAACUGAUCACUACGUGGAGAAUGGAGGCACCGGACCAGACGGCAAUGCUCUUGAGUGGUACAUUAAUACGGCCAAUUUCUAUCGUCAGAUCCGCAAUUUCAAGUUCGACAUCCGACUGACCGAUCCCAAUGCGUAUGUGUGUGCUCUUCACUAUCAGGUGGCCCAGGCAACCAGUCUAUCAAAUGUGGACUUUAUUGCGGCAGCAGCACCAACCACGCAGCAAGCUAUUUACGCAGAGAAUGGAAGUGGAGGCCAUAUGAGCGAUCUUACCUUUACAGGAGGAAACUUUGGAAUCUAUGGUGGAAGUCAGCAAUUCACUGCGCAGAGGCUGAGCUUCAGUAACGUCAACACCGCCGUCCAAUUGAUAUGGGACUGGGGAUGGACCUGGAAAAGCAUCAGCGUCUCUGGUGGCCAGACGGGCUUCAAGCUACUCUCAGAGGACGGCGUCCAUCACACAGGCUCCCUUAUGGUGAUAGACUCCGUCUUCGAGGGCACCAAGACAGCGAUCCUCACAUUCCCUGCGACAACAGACAUCAAGAAGGGUACCACAGGGAUUACCUUGGAUAACAUCGUCUUCAAAAACGUCGGUGUGGCGGUAGCUGACAACGCAGGCAAGACGUAUCUCAAAGGAGGUACUACAGCGGUCAACACUUGGACAUUGGGGCCUGUCUAUCUGGAUCCCACUCAGCGUGACUUUACCCUUGAUAAGUCAAUGGAUACCCCGCGUAUCGAGGAGCUGCUGGCGAACAACAGCAAUGCGUUCCUCCAAAAUCCCUACUUUGAGAGAAAGAAACCCCAAUACGAAUCCUAUUCCUGGUCAAAUUUUAUCUCGGUCAAGGCUCAGGGGGCCAAAGGCGAUGGGUCCACCGAUGACACCGCCACACUGCAGCGCAUUAUAAAUGGCGCCGGUUCGUCUGUUGUCUAUUUUGAUGCCGGAACAUAUAUUCUACGGGACACUCUCACCAUUCCGGUUAAAACCAGAAUAGUAGGCGAGGCAUGGGCCCAGCUUGUUGCUGAGGGCCCCACGUUUUCUGACCCAGAAAACCCCCGAGCCGUGGUCAAGGUCGGUAACAAGGGAGAGAAAGGAGGAGUCGAGAUCCAAGACAUCUUAGUUUCUACGAAAGGCGCUACAGCCGGUGCGGUGCUCAUCGAGUGGAACAUCGAGGCUGAUGUAGCAGGCGCAGCAGGAAUGUGGGACACUCAUGUGCGUAUCGGAGGGGCUGCUGGGACAGAUCUCGAAUCUGCACAGUGUCCUGCCUCGAAGACCGGAGUGAGCCAAGGAUGUAAUGCCGCAAGUUUGAUGAUGCACAUUACCGAAAAUGCUUCGGCAUACCUCGAGAAUAUCUGGCUCUGGGUUGCCGACCAUGAUAUCGAUGAUCCACUGCUUGAAGAUGCGAAGAAUGAUAUGGUUCAAUGCUCUGUGUAUGUUGCUCGAGGACUGCUGGUAGAAAGUACGGCGCCUACCUGGUUGUAUGGGACAUCAUCGGAGCAUGCGGUCUAUUACCAGUACAAUUUCUACAAGGCUCGCAACGUCUUCGCUGGUAUGAUCCAGACGGAGUCACCCUACUAUCAGCCAACGCCGCACCCCCCUGCUCCAUUUGAGAAAGCUGUCGGAAAGUUUCCAGGCGAUCCAGACUACGCCUGUGCCUCCCCUGCAACUCUAGGUUGUGAUUCCUCCUGGGCAGUCCGGAUCGUCAACUCCAAGGACAUCUUUAUAGCAGGAGCAGGGCUUUACAGUUGGUUUGAUACCUAUGAUCAAAGCGUCUGCGUCGACGCAUCGAAUUGCCAGAAAGUCCUUGCGGAAAUCAAAGACAACUAUGGAGGAAUCCGCAUUCACAAUCUGAUUACCAUCGGCGCCACGAACAUGAUGGUCUCGGAUGGCACGCUUAUUGCCUCCAAGGACAACCUGAACGUUGACUACCACCCUUACUGGAGCCAGGUCACGGUUUUCGACCCGAAAUCCUUCGACGAGCCGCCACACAAGAUCUGCACCCCUGGAAAGGACAGCAAUCCAGCGCGCCCGGAGAAAGCUAGCGGGGCGUACCCUCCCCCUUCGCUGACAUGGCCUAAAGCAAACCCCUACCAAGGCUACUUUGUGUUAGUCAAUGGUUCCCCCUAUACGUGGAAAGUAGUCUACCAGCAUGCCUACCAAAUGGACACCUGGCAGUGGUAUGAUGUGCCUGCCGGCGAGUCCCUUCAAAUCGAGUAUCAGUUCAAAGAUGACGAAACCCGCGUCGAUGACAAGGGAGAAGUCAAGUACGAGAUCGAGGGUACGAAUAAGACAUUCCAGGUGUGGGCAAGAGUGGAAGAAUCGGAUCCGCGCAACAAUGUUCUACACCUACGCGUUCAAUAUGACAACCUGAACACCCAGGACAAGCCAGAAGGUGGGUCUCUAGAGCUGCCGCAGCGUGAAGGGCAAGGGGGCGGCCACCGCUCGAUUCCCUGGGUCCUUACCGGCAGCGAGUCCUAUGGAUACUGGUCGAGUGCCUCCCCCCCAACCGGUUGGAUGGGGAGUAUCAUGGACGUCAUCGGGACCCGGAAGCUCAAGCACGUUUGCAUGCCUGGUAGUCACGAUGCAGGCAUGUACAAGCUGGAUGGAAAAACAACCGGUGCCAACGAAGGCAAUACUCUCACACAGUACCUUAACUUCUACAAUCAGCUACGCAGAGGCUCUCGCUAUUUCGAUGUUCGGCCAGUGGUAGCCAACGCAGACGGUGACUACUACUGUGGCCAUUAUAGUGCUGUGCCUGAUAAUAACCAGGGGUAUAUGCAGGGGGGCAAUGGAGAGCGUCUCUCCGAGCUGGUGAAGCAGACUAAUCAGUUUAUGAGAGAAAAUCCUCACGAAGUCGUCAUCUACUAUCUUUCUCAUGACAUGGACACAAAUCAAGCACAUGAUCCGCCCCAUAAGGGGGCCUACCCGCCGCUCACAUUACCCCAGUGGAAAAAUGUCUUCGAUAUCUUCGCAAAGCUCAACAACAAGUGCCCAAACCUGGAUGGCGACCUCACAGACAUGACAAUAAAUAAACUGAAGGGAUGUGUUCUGGUCAUCGUUGAGUACAAGGAAGGCCGAGCGAGCGACGGCAUCUACCCGGCCGACCCUCACUUCUCACGCCAUGAUGGAUACUCUUCUACCACCGAGCCGGCGGUCAUGAACAGGGAGCAGAUCGCUGAUAUGCGAGAAGGCCGGAACAUCCGUGAAGGAAGCGGCAAGGAGCAGUUCUGGGUUCUGUCCUGGACGCUUACUCCUGAUUUGGGUACAUUGUCAAGUAUGUCGACGAUUGGACUGGCGACAUCAUACAGUUAUGACUCCAUCUUUUGGAACGCAUACUAUGAGUUCACGCCCUUUUCGUUCCCCAACGUACUCUAUAUGGACGCUAUAGGAUUUGCAGAAGGGGCUACGAUUAAGGAGCAGGACGAUCUAUGGAAGGCAAGCAACGGCGAAUUGACUGCUAUGGCCAUGGCUGUCAACCUAGCCAUUGUGAGCAAGAAUUGCUAUGUGGGUGGGGGAUCAAUUUGGCCAGGGGAGGGUUUGUCUCAUUAG